GACGCCAAAAACAGCAGCAUACAAAAUCGAGAGCUAGAUUUAGGGUUUUUGUUUCAUCGGAAAAGAAUGAGUUCCGGCGGUGGAUCAGGCAAGGGCGGCGCCGGUAGAGGGAAGCCAAAGGCAUCGAAAUCUGUGUCUAGGUCUUCAAAGGCGGGUCUCCAAUUCCCCGUCGGUAGAAUCGCUCGUUUCCUUAAGAAUGGAAAAUAUGCUGAACGUGUUGGAGCUGGUGCACCGGUUUAUCUGUCUGCUGUCCUUGAAUACCUCGCUGCUGAGGUGUUGGAGUUGGCUGGAAAUGCAGCAAGGGAUAACAAGAAGAAUCGUAUAGUGCCGAGGCACAUUCAGUUGGCUGUGAGAAAUGAUGAGGAGCUGAGCAAGCUUUUGGGUCAAGUUACAAUUGCUAAUGGAGGUGUCUUGCCUAACAUCCACCAGAAUCUGUUGCCUAGAAAGGCUGGCUCAGGCAAGGGUGAUAUUGGCUCUGCAUCUCAAGAGUUUUAGAAUAAAUGAACUCCUAGUUUUGAAGUUGAUCUGUAGUGAACAAUUCAUAGCUUUGUAAUAUAGAAUUGGCUCUUGUUUUGAUAGUUUUGAAUUCAAUGGUGCUGUCGACUUUCUGUUUUGAUAUACAACUUGGAAAGUUUUUGUGAUGCGAAUGGAAUUAGAUCUUUUUGGCUGUCAA